CAGGCAGGCAGAAGGAGUUUAAUCAGAAAGGGUGGGGAACGUCACUGGCAUUCAUUCACUAUCGCAUUAUUGUAGUGCGAAGUCCGCGACAACCGUAGGACAAACAACUUUUCUCAACAAAUACGUAUGCACGAAUAUUCUAAGGUCUGUCCCAAGGAGCAGUUAGAGGUGUGAGUGUGGUCCGUCCCACAACCAUGGCAACAACUCAGUGGGAGACACGGUUUCUCCCCCCCUCCGGGCUCCUGCUCCUCAUCUCCCUGCCCCUGUGUCUGUGCCAGCAGCCUCUGACCGGCCCCAGCCCUGACUCCCCCCCCCCACCCCCGCCUCACUGUACCAGGAAAGAGCACCCCGUCGUCUCCUUCCAAGCGUUGAGUCCCUGGAUCUCUGGGUUCUCCCGUCCUGGUGUAAAGGAUUUCUCCCAGCUGGCCCUGGACCUCACCAGAAACCAGCUCAUCGUGGGAGCCAGAAACUAUCUCUUCAGGCUGAGCCUGAGCAACGCGUCUCUUCUACAGGCGACGGAAUGGCGUCCCGACGAAGACACCAGGCGUUCGUGUCAGAGUAAAGGGAAAGCUGAGGAUGAGUGUCAGAACUACAUCCGGGUGCUGCUCGUCAGUGGAAGGAGACUGUUCACCUGUGGAACCAACGCCUUCACGCCCGUCUGCACCACCCGACAGAUCGGCAACAUCAGCAGGGUGGUAGACACAGUCAACGGGGUGGCACGGUGUCCCUACGACCCACGCCACAACUCCACAGCCAUGGUGACGGACAAAGGCGAGCUGUACGCUGCCACUGUCAUCGACUUCUCCGGUCGAGACCCUGUCAUCUACCGUAGCCUUGGCAACAUGCCUCCUCUACGCACCGCCCAGUACAACUCUAAAUGGCUGAACGAGCCUCACUUUGUCUCAGUCUACGAGGUGGGUCUGUUCACCUACUUCUUCCUGAGGGAGAACGCCGUGGAGCACGACUGCGGCAGGACGGUGUUCUCGCGGGUGGCGCGCGUCUGCAAGAACGACGUGGGCGGCCGCUUCCUCCUGGAGGACACGUGGACCACCUUCAUGAAGGCCCGGCUCAACUGCUCGCGCUCCGGGGAGAUCCCCUUCUACUACGACGAGCUGCAGAGCACCUUCUACCUGCCCGAGCAGGACCUCAUCUACGGCAUCUUCACCACCAACGUCAACAGUAUCUCUGCCUCGGCCGUGUGUGCCUACAACCUCAGCUCCAUCACCCAGGCCUUCAACGGACCCUUCCGCUACCAGGAGAACCCUCGCACCAGCUGGCUGUCCACCCCCAACCCCAUCCCCAACUUCCAGUGUGGGACUCUGGAGGAGCAUGGUCCAGGGGAGAACCUGACGGAGCGCAGCCUGCAGGACGCCCAGCGCCUUUUCCUCAUGAACGACGUGGUCCAGCCCGUCUCCGUGGACCCUCUGCUCACCCAGGACAACAUCCGCUUCUCCAAGCUGGUGGUGGACAUCGUCCAGGGCCAGGACACCCUGUACCACGUCAUGUACAUUGGCACCGAAUACGGAACGAUCCUGAAGGCCCUCUCCACAUCCAAUAAGAGCCUGCGGGGGUGUUACCUGGAGGAAAUGAGGCUCCUGCCUGAGGGUGUGAGCGAGCCAAUCAAGAGCCUGCAAAUCCUGCACAGCGAUAGGUCCUUAUUUGUGGGGCUGAAUGACAGGGUGUUGAAGAUCCCACUGGAGAGGUGCUCCAGUUACAAGACUGAACGGCUCUGCCUGGAGGCCCGAGACCCCUACUGUGGCUGGGACCGCAAGCAGAGGCGCUGCACCACCAUCGAGGACAGCUCCAACAUGAGCCAGUGGAGCCAGAACAUCACUGAGUGUCCAGUGCGAAAUCUGACCCAGGAUGGUGCCUUUGGUCCCUGGGCCCCAUGGCAACCGUGUAACCACGACGACGGGGAGGGCACCAGCAGAUGCGUGUGUCGCUCUCGGGCAUGUGACAGCCCCCUGCCCCAGUGUGGGGGCGUGGCCUGUAAAGGCCCUACCAUGCAGGUCGCCAACUGCUCCAGGAACGGUGGCUGGACCCCCUGGUCGUCCUGGGGCCAGUGCAGCACCAGCUGUGGUAUCGGGUUUGAGGUGCGGCAGCGCUCCUGCGACAACCCGUCGCCGCGUCACGGGGGCCGGGUGUGUGUGGGACAGGGCCGAGAGGAGAGGUUGUGUAAUGAGAAGAUUCAGUGCCCCCAGCUGGUUAUGUGGUCAACCUGGGGGUCCUGGACCAAGUGCAGUGCUGAUUGUGGAGGGGGGGUCCAUUCCAGGGUCCGCACCUGUGAGAAGGGGACCAGCUGCCCUGGCUGCUCCCUGGAAUACAAGACCUGUAACCUGGAGGCGUGUCCAGAGGUGCGCAGGAACACGCCGUGGACACCGUGGAUGCCGGUGAACGUGAGCCAGGAGGGAGCCCGCCAGGAGCAGAGGAGCCGCUACAGCUGCCGGGCCCAGCUGCCCGACCCCCACCAGCUGCAGCUGGGCAAGCGCAAGGUGGAGACCCGGCUCUGCCCCAACGACGGCACGGCCGGCUGCCAGACGGACCCUCUGGUUGAAGACUUGGUGAAGACUGGCCGACCUUUGACCCUACCUCAGGGGCAUCAGUGGUUGCCGUGGGAGACAUGGUCCACCUGCUCCAAGGAAUGUGCCAAGGGCUUCCGCACCCGCAAGCGCACCUGUGCCACCCCGGCUGAAGCAGCGCCCCCUGGUGCUUGCGCAGGCUCCCCUGUGGAGUACCAGGACUGCAACGUCCAGCUCUGCCCAGUGAGGGGAGCGUGGUCGUGCUGGUCAUCCUGGUCUCAGUGCUCCACCACCUGUGGGGGGGGGCACUAUCAGCGCACGCGUACCUGCAGUAACCCCGCCCCAGCCAACGACGGCGACAUCUGCAUCGGCCUGCACACUGAGGAGGCCUUGUGCAACACACACACAUGUGAAGGCUGGACUGGUUGGUCUGACUGGGGGGAGUGUGAUGAGGAAGGGCUCCAGCAUCGAGCCCAGGACUGCGGCUAUGCGGAGGCCGAUGCCAGGCUGUGCCAGGGCAACGCCACCGAGCAGCGGCCGUGCCAGCCUCGCGAAGCGCCAGUCAUUCUGCCUGGACCGGAUAAGGACAAGCAAUGUGGAGCCUUCUCUGUCAUCCACCUGGUGGGUGUGGGUGUGGCCAGUUUCUUCACGGCGGUCCUGCUGUCCGCCAUGGUGUAUGCCUACUGUCAGAGACUCCACAAGCCCUCCCAGGAGUCGGCCGUCAUCCACCCCAGCACGCCCAACCACCUCAGCUACAAGGACAACACCACGCCAAAGAACGAGAAGUACACCCCCAUGGAGUUCAAGACACUGAACAAGAACAAUCUUCUCCCAGAUGAGACUUGUCACUUCUUCAACUCGCCACUCCCCUCCAGUAAUGUUUACACCACUACCUACUACCCCACGCCCCUGGGCAAAUACGACUUCCACCCCGACUCCCCCUGCAGGAACUACAUGCACAGCUGAGACUCCACCCAGUCUGGUGCCCCAGCCAUCACCAGCCCCUCUCUGGCCACCCCUGUGGACAGCCAGCUGAAGGCCUGGGGGUGUAUGAGCGAGUUUUGGAGGGUCUGGCCCAGCAGAGAUCCAGGACUCUGGAAAACCUUCAACACCAACCCUCUUCUUCUGCACAGGCACACACACACACACACACACACACACACGCACACACACACACCCUCCUCAAGGACCUGAAUCGCUCACACUCCAACCAUUAUGAGAGGGAUUCUCAACACCAGUCUCACUUUUCUUGUUUGUUUUUGUUUUAUUAUAAUGACUGUGCCAUUUCAUGACUGUGAUUUUCUAUUCCACGAGAACAAACUGUACAGUUCUUGGUCCAAUCACAGUGCCAGUCCAAGAAUCAUGCGGUGCUAAAAGCACCACAGUGAUCCGUGGUUGGUUCCACAGGCUACAUCCGUGAUUCAGGAGGAAUGGGAGCAUGCUGUGGCCAGUUUCUAAAUCUGAAUUACAGAUUUAAACUUUAAAAAAACAUACUGAUCCGAACGUUGGAUGUCAAGUUUCGGGGUGAAAACUUUGUUUUUAAACAGUCAGUCAGAACUCAGUCAGCAUAUUUCAGAGCACCAUGUCCAGCAGUUUUGUCAAGUUCAAACACUGUUUUCCCUUGCUUUUAUUUUGAAACGCUGCAUGGGUUUUGCCCUCCGUAUAGGAUUCCUCAGCCUGAUAACGUGGGUCGGGUAUUGAUUUCAUUUGAGCUGCUCAAGAACUCACAUUGGCCCCUAUAUGGGUUUGAAUCCCUUAACUACCUGCAGCAGGGGAUGAGAAUGAAGAGUGCAUGGAAGAGGAGAAUGGGGGUCUAUCAUGGAGAAAAAAAAGUGUUCCAUCAUCCAAGAGAAGUGGGACAUAACCCCUCUGCAGGUGAUUGGAUGCUUACAGUCUAGCAUGCAUCCUGAUAGGCUGACACAAUCUCUGGGUCCGCCUCACUGAGGCCCGACAACCUGUCAGUGGCCACUUCUUUAUAAUCAAAGGGAAGUGUGGUUGUUGAUUUGUUAUGUAUACGUUUACCCAGGACUGUGUGCAUGUACCUGUCAAAGCCUGGAAGAAGUUCGAUAGAUGAUGAGAAGGUCACCAGUACUUAAUGUUAAUCCUGGAUCUCACUUUCUGCUCCCCUGUGACCCCUUAUUAUAUUUCACAGUCUGUAAAAUGUUGAAAUACACUUAACUGUAUUUGAUCUUUUUUUUCAACAGCUUUCAGGUAUUCAAAUGUAGGCGUGCAUGUGUGUGUGAGAGAGAGAGAGAUAUGGAGAGAGAUAUGGAGAGAGAUAUGGAGAGAAAGAGAAAGCGGAGGGGGGGAGAGAAUUAAAUGAGAGGAUUAUCCCCAAUCUCCCAUAGAUGUAUUCGCACUGUUGUUGGGCUACAAGCCAAAUGCAAGCUAAAUGGUACAAUGAAACUAUACUAACUGAUGCUGAACCUUAACAUGUGCAGGCUGUCAAAAUCUUCACGCUUCAUUUUUGAUUAAUGUGUUUCGUGUUCGUGAACUGUUCAAACCAAGACUUAUUUGUUCAAAGGUGUUAUUCUAUGAACGAGUCCAAUCUCAUGUUUGUAUGCUGUAAAGUGAUUAUUGUAUAGCUUUCUUAAAAGUUGUAAAAAGAAGCCUCCAUUUUGUAAAAAUCAGACCAAGACCGAGACGUAGGUGGUUUUGGUACUUGUGUGUGUUGUGUUGAUGCAGUGGAGGUCUGUGUUCCUGGCCUGUGGUGUAGCAGAACCCAGUCAUGUAGUAUACAAAGUAGCCCCACACGUUAAGCUAUGAUGUGUCUGUCUCUGUCCCACACUUCUCUCGGAGGGUUUGAUGGUGUGGGUGCGUCUUAGCAGAUCAAACAUGCAUCCUUUUCUGUGAAACUGUAUUGAUCGAUGGGGGCAAAAGACGGAUUGAAAAUGGAAGAUCUCGGUCUUCAGUGUCGAACACUCUCACCAUGCUGGAUGGUUGUGUUUGGACGGCCUGGUUGUUGCAUGUUGGUUCAUACCCGACAGGGGGUUCACCACCUAUCUAUGCAAUCCAAGUGGUGCCCGACUACAGUAACAUGUGACCCUAUCCCCAAGAUUGACAGAGCUGUGAACAAAAAAAGGUAAAUCAGACCCCUUCCCCCCUCCCCUCCACCCCCCCCCCUCCCUCCACUCCCCCGGCCGUCGAAUCCAUGACUUUGACUGAAUACUGCCUUUUAGACACUGUGAAUUUUUUGUAUGCUCUAUUUUUGUAUAUUGUACAUUGUCAAAGAAACAAAAGAAAUAAAAAAGGAACUGGUGCCAAA